GGAACAAGGACAACAGAAGCAACAGUCUGCAGCCAUCGACGUCUAGACAGUCAACUGAAAUGGAACUUAUUCUAGCUCAAAGGCACGUGAACAACAUUGUAUCUGAGAUAGUUCCAGAAAUCGAGCAAAACAAAGUUUUAGGCAUGGAUACUCCAGGGCAAAGAAAGCGGAGAAAAAGAAGUCUUGCCAGUACUACCCGAGAUCGCAACUAUGUUAGACGUAAUGGAACCAAAGUAGCCUAUUCUCAGAAAGAAAAGAAAAAUAAUAUAAAGUACAAAGCCACGCGAAUAAAAUACGUCGAAGAAGUUGUAGAUUCUUCUCGAGAUAUGCAAAUUCUUGACAAUGCAGAGGCUGUAGAACAGGUCAAACUUACCACAUUGGGAUCCGGAUGUGAAAUUGGAAGAAGCUGUCGAGAGACAGGACCAGUGGGAGGAGCCUCUUGGUACCGGAGAACAGGUGACAUGAAUGAAGAUGAAAUUGCCAUUAAAAAGGAACCAGAGUGGGACGUUGAUGCCAAAAUUGAUCAUUUGUCUUGUUUGCAAUUUGAAAUCGAUAGCUCAAGUAUUAAAGCCGAGCACAACAGUACCACUAUGGAGAAUGAUCUGCCUUUGAAAAAUGGAGAAGAGAUGAUAUAUAAAAAUAACAGUGCAUAUUUUCAAGACAACUACAUUUAUGUGGAUUUCAAAUAUGAAAUGAAAAAAGAAUUUCAUGAUGAACCCGAAUGUACGAAUGACACAUUUACUGUGAAUGGGAACGAGAAUAAAGAAAACGUACAAGAGGAAGAAAGAUAUCUGACUGUGAAAGAUUUACGAUGGAAUAAUAAUAAUCCUGAUAUUCUGCUGGAUCCAAAAUUAAAAUUACAAUGCAAAGUUAUUUGUGAAAAAGUGAAUUUCGAAAGUGGAAAAGCACCACCUUUAAAGUCACGGCAGAAAGAAAGUGAUGUAUCAAAUAUCAAGAACCACAAAGGUUGUAAUUGCUCUUAUUCAGUCAACAAUAGUAAAUUAUAUGAUUGUUCUGAUUGUACAGAAAUUACAAGGUUGUCUUCAUCAAAUAACGAAAUUGGAGGAAAUGAAGAAAUAAUUAAGAAUGUCCUUACCGAUAACCUCAACAAAGGGACUUAUAUGAAGAACUAUUUUAAUCGUGAUAACUGCAAGAAAAAUUAUAAAGGAAUUAGUAACUUAAUUCCAAAAUUUAUUAUUAAAUUGAAAUUAUGCAGAAAUCGAGUUUUGAAAAGGCAUUUAUUCAUUUCGUCGAGAAAGAAGCUGGAGUGUUAUAUUUGCAAGAAGACAUUUUCGUAUAGUAUACUAUACGGCAAUCAUCUGUUUGAACAUUCCAAUAAAAGAACUUACCCCUGUAAUGUCUGUAAAAAACAGUUUUUCUUCAAAUGUUAUUUUGAGGAACACAAAAAAUCACAUAUAGAAGGAACUCCGUUUUCUUGUUCAAAAUGCAAGAAGAGAUUUAAACUUUCAUCUGAAUUAGUAAAGCACAGGAAAUAUCAUUUCAAAGUUAAAUGUUGCUCGAAAGUCGGCCGCAACCUGUGCAAACGUUAUGUAAAGGAAGUUAAGUCGAGAAAACUGAAGUAUUCCAAAAAUAGACUAUUUCUGUGUGAGAUUUGUGGGAAAAUAUUUCAUUGUCAAAGUUAUUUUGGGACCCAUUUAAUGUAUCAUUCUGAUAAAAGGCCGUUUGAAUGCAAAUUCUGCGGAAAAAGUUUUAAGACAAAGGCUUGUUUGAAAGUACACAAAGAGUAUCAUUCCUAUAAAAUGCGUCAUUCAUGCAAACUCUGUGGAAAACAAUAUAAGACUAAAUAUAGCUUAAAACUACAUCAGGAUAGUCAUAGCAACAUAAGAGCUUUUCAAUGCAAAUUAUGCACCAAAUCAUUUAACUUAAAAUCAAUAUUAAUUAUGCAUCAGAAGGUUCAUUCAGAUGUGAGGUCUUUCUUGUGUGAAAUAUGUGGAAAAACAUUUAAGACCAAACAAAAUUUAAUACAACAUCAGAAGAGUCAUAGCAAAGAAAGGUCUUUUCCAUGCAAGUUGUGCACCAAAACAUUUAAACUGAGAUCCAUGUUGAUGGGACAUCAGAAUCUUCAUUUGGAUGUAAUGCCUUUCUCAUGUGAAAUUUGUGGAAAAGUUUUCAAAUCACUGCUGUUACUAAUUGAACACAAUGUGCGUCAUGCCAAUAGCAAACCUUUUGAAUGUGAAAUUUGUCUGAAGCAUUUUAAAGUGAAAUCAACUCUAAUAUCACACAUUAGAAUGCAUGUUACAAAAGCCUAAAGAUCCUGUGUGACAUAUGCAAAAAGAAUUUUAAGCAGAAACCAAAGUUAAAAGAUGCAGAGAAGAACCCAUUUUAAGAAAAGGUAUGAAUUUUUUAAAGGUGAUUUAACUAUGCACGAAAGAACUUGUUCUAAAGAAAGAUUUCAGAAAGUUGAUAAACAAUCUUAAUUUGUAAAUUCCUGUUUUGUUGAAGUUUAAAAUUAAAACAAUUCAUACAUAUUAAUUUGGGUAUAAAAUGUUAUAUUCAAAUAUUACAGAUAUGUCAUGCUAACCUUGUAUAGGUUUGUAGUAGCUAAUUAAAAAAUGUAACACAAAAAUGUUUUUGACACACUUCUAGGGUCUUCCUCAGAUGUUUUAUAAUUUUUUUGGUGCGAUUCUGAUUUUUAACUGUUCAGGUCUCCAAUGCUUCUGUCUUUGGAAUUUAUUUUUUUAAAUUUCAAAAUUCGAAUCUCCAAACAAUGUGUGCCUGCACCAGUUGUUAUAGUGUUGCGUUAUAAAUAGCCUGACAUACUCUUGAUAUCCAUUUUGUGAUUGGAGCUUACUCUAAUGAAAAAAUAGCUUACAGAUGUAAGCCAGAUACAUUUGCCAUGUUGAGAAAUGAGAAAGGUCAGGCUGAAUUUGAAAGAACACCAGGAGUAUAUAAAAUUUUGUUAAAGGAUAAAAGAUUGACUAGGGACCUCAAAUAUGUCGGAUCUACAAAAAGAUCGCUCAAACAACACCUCUGUGAGCACAAAACAGACAUCGGAAAAAAGAAAAGCAAUACCGCCUUAGUGAUAUAUUCCAAUGAAAAUGGCAUUAUACCUAACCUACAACAAGCGACAAUGAUUCGAGAAACCUGACAUAUAAGAGCUGCUGCAAACUACAGGAUGCGGGAGCUAGCGUACGCUCGCUCACGCUCCUAAGCCCCGCCUUUUUUCCCAUGAUGCUAUGAGCCAUUUUUGCUAGGUAAGCUACACGGGCACGAAGCAGCCGCAAACACUCCAAUAUGUGGUUGAACUCCUAAUAUUAAGAAAGGUCUUUUCAUAUGUAGAGAGCAUUAAUGAUAAAUAAUUACUUCCUUGCCAUGAGAUUUGUUUUAAAAUUUGGUUUCCUUUUUCGUUAUUUCAGUUCUUUUGUUUUAAUUGUUCUCUUUUAGUUAAAUCCAUCAAACACAUCAUUGCUUUUUCUAGAAAUCUCAAGGUAUCUUCAGAAAAAAAUUAAAAAUCACUAGAGAUACUGAUUUAAGUAGUAAAGAGUUUGUGUAUUUUUUACAUAUCAGUAUAUUCUAUAAUAAAUUUUUCUAUAUGUACAGCGUUAGGAAAUAGACAGGGCUGAACUCGGAGGUAUAGCCUGUGGUAAGAAGGAAGUGGAGAUAGGGUAGAAGAAGUUGAGAGUAUGGAGGGGCUGAAGGAGGGGGUAAGUGUGAUAGGAUAGUGGGAAGUGAGGGAAGGUGGGUCAUGGGACCCACUGGCACCUUGCAUUGCCUAUAUUUAAAAGAAAAUUAAUACAGUGUGGACAAUAAACAAUACAAAAUGAGCCGGAUGGAUACAACACAACUGAAAAGGCGCAACAAUGUAAACAUAUAUAACAGAUUACAAGCAAAGCUAUUAAACAAAUUAACUUCAGUUAGCAGGAGUACAUUAAUAGAGGAAACAGAUGAAGCUGUUUGAUGUAAAACAUAAAACUGCGGAACAUAUAGAACAGCUUUUCCAAUUUAUUACAGAAUGAACCAUUAAAACAAUAUACUCUAGAUUACACAGUUGACACAUACAGAGAGAGGAGACGAUGAACUUCUAGAUGAUCAGUUGAGGGUGAUCAUAGAUUGCAGAGUGGGACUAGUCAAGCUUCCUGAUACCUGUAGCAAAUCUUUUUAUCGCUGAAAAGUUUUUCUUGUCAGAAAUCAAGUCCUUAAGCAUACAGGGCCAGUGGAAGCCGUCCUUGAUGGUACGAAUUAACUCCUUGCGUUGCGUAGAGUAGUGUGGGCAGAAGAAGAUUAUGUGCUCAGGAUCUUCCUCCUCCUUCAAAUCGCAGUCACAGAGCCCAUCCGUUUUAUUGAGAAACCUUUUUAGGUACGUGUUCAGGUUUCCGUGACCAGUUAGGAGCUGUGUCAACUGAAAUGUGGGAUAUCUUGGAUGAAGCAUGCUGUCAGUGGGGCAAGGAAGGAAGCAGUGGGUAACCCUCCCAGUAGAAUCGUUGUCCCACCUGACUUGCCAAGUCUUUAGAAUGAUGUUGUGGAUAAGAUUGUUCAGAUGCUUACUACUUAUCUUGUAGGUGCAGCUAUUAGAUUUUGCGGAUGCACAACGAGUGAGAAGAUCAGCCCUAUCAUUUUCCGCACUCCCUGAAUGACCUUUAAUCCAGUGAAAGUAGACAUUGAUGUUUCCUUUCUUCAGGGCUUGUAGAUUGCCAAGACACUUCUUCACAACGGGAAGAGUGGUGUUUAUUUUGGCGAUCUGUUGAAGCGCAAUGCGACUGUCGGUAUAGAUUCUGAAGUUGUGGUUAGUCCGGUUAUGAUUCGUGUUAGAGAUCCAAUCGAUGGCAUUACUGAUGGCCAAAGACUCCGCUUGAUUAAUGGUGCAUUGUGGAGGCAACUUCCUGUGCAUCUGAUAAAGACAGGCUUUGCCUUUUUAAGCCACAAAGGCACUCCCAACACCUUGGUCUGUUUUGGAUCCGUCGGUGAAGAUACAAAUGUCCUGAUUGUCACUGUUGCUUGUCUCGAGGGAUACAGAAGGAGUAAAGCUUGGGUGAAUAGGAUUAGGUGAACAUUUAUCAAAGAUAUUUGUGGCAAUAGUGGCCGCUAGAGAAAUUAGAUCCUGUGCGAACUCUUCCUUACCAACAAUGGCAUUGAAAUGGUCUUGCUUGAUUUGGUUGUUAGCCAGUUUAAUUAAGUUGAAUCUGAUGAGGAUCUCUCUAAUUUUGAUGUCUAUGGGGGGAGUUCGGUUGAUUACCAGUAAGGCAUCAGUAGGGGCAGUCUUGUAUGCCUUAGCGAUGUUAAUGGCCAUUAUUCUUUGGAUCGAAAGUAAUUUUCUUUUGAUAUGGACCCUUGUCACUGAUGUACCCCAAAUUUCUGCCCCAUAUGUCACAAUAGGUUCAAUUACAGCAGUGUAUAAAAUUCUGCUUGAGGAAGGGCCAUAUCCCCACUGAUUUCUACUGAUUGUUUUUAGCGCUUGUGCUACCUUGACAACCUUUUCAUACACAUAGUGGACGUGUUCUGUCCAGUUAAGCUUUGGGUCAAAUACAAUACCAAGGUACCUCAGACUGGUAGCAUCUUAUGCUGGUAGCACUGGUAGCAUUUCUAUAUGUACAGUAAGACCCUGCUUAACACUGCCUCGCUUAAUGCUGAUUCGAUAUAACAGUCUGUUCGAAGCCUUUUUAGACUUCGAGCAGACUGUGUUAUAUCAAAAGCUCAAAAUUUACGCUGAUUUAAAUUAUCAUGGCAUUUCGUUGAUUCGUAUAUAAUACAAUUAUUUGUGAAUACAAACCAAUCAGCAAAAGGUGGCAAAAAGAAGG